GGACACGUAAGUUACAUUAUUGAUUUUUAUAUGGAUAUACAUAGAUAUCUAAUCAAUGAUAAAAACCAUAUACAACUGCCGUAAUCUACUGAAGUGUGCACUGGACAAAUAGUUGCUUCUACUAGAAGACGUGUUUAAUUGUAACUUUGUUAGAAAAAGGUUUAAUAUGCCUUUACGGCCGUUAUCUACUGAACUAGCUGAAAAAGCUCGCUUGGAGCUUAACGAGGAUCCAAAUCGUAUAAACGAUGAUCUGCAACAUAUGAAGGAUUGGAUAGCGAAGCAACCACAUCUACGAGCAAGAACGGAUGAUCAAUGGCUGAUAGCGUUUCUCCGCGGAUGUAAAUUUAGCUUAGAAAGAACAAAGGAGAAAUUAGAUUUAUAUUACUCUGUUCGUAACACGGCACCUGAAUUUUAUCGAAUUAAACACACUGAUCCUAUAUUUAAUGAAAUUCUGGAACUGGGAUCGACAGUAAUAUUGCCAAAAGUAGCAAGUCCUGAUGCACCUCGUAUUUCAAUUGUGAGACCUGGACAAUACAAUCCUGAAAAAUAUUCAAUCGCCGAUGUCUUGUCAGUCAACACUGUUAUUGAUAAGAUAUCAUUAAUGGAAGACGACAAUAUGGUGAUAGCUGGUAACCAAUUCAUCUUGGAUUUAGACAAUGUCACAAUGUCGCAUCUCUUACAAAUGACACCGAUGACUAUGAAAAAGAUGGUCGUAGCUUCGCAGGACGCAUUGCCCUUACGUAUGAAGGGAGCUCAUUAUCUAAAUACUCCAACAGGCUUCGAGACCGUGUUCAAUGCAAUGAAAAGUUUAUUGAACACCAAGAAUCAGAGCCGACUCUACGUGCACAACAAAAACUACGAGGAUAUGUACAAAUACAUACCCAAGGAGAUCUUGCCUGCAGAAUACGGCGGUGAUGGUGGUACUGUUAAGGAGAUCACAGACUAUUGGAAAAAGAAAGUGGAGGAGUACAGCGAUUUCUUGGAGACGGACUAUCAGUACGGCACUGACGAGACCAAACGUCGCGGCAAGCCGAAGACCGCGGAGGACAUGUUCGGAUUAGACGGCUCCUUCAGGCAGCUGAAUUUUGACUGAUAAUUUGGAAGGAAACAUUAUUGUUUUACAUUUAAAU